AUGGACGGGCGUGAUAACGACAGUACUGGUGAUGGUGCAUGCCUUUCUGCCGCGCAGAAAUUACUUUCAAGGAAGAAGUCGCUUUCUGAAUUUCGAUUUAAAAUUUCAAACUUCUGCGCCGCUAUAAUUGAGAAUCCUGACGAAAAUGUGAUUGUCGAGCUCUUUAUACAUUGCUGUUUAUUUAGAUAGGAAAGUUGCGAGAGCUGCUGAAGUUGGUGUUGGAACCCUUGUUUCUGAAAUCGGUUAAACUCCGGCAGUUGCUAGUUGUCUCACUGUGCGUGGUUUUUAAGGAUAUUCUGCCUACCUUCAAAAUUCGUUUGCCGACUGCUGAGGAGCAGAAACAACAGGUAGUUCUCUCUUUAUAUUCCGAGGCGCACGUUCAGUCGUGCAUGUCAGCGUCGUACUAGGAUUUUAAGCACACCGCAUGAGAUGUUAAGUUUUAAUAUCUUCGGUUAGACUAUCUGUAGAACCGUAGCUUCGAGAGAAAUGUAGUGAUCACUGGACCAAGGGAAUUGUAUUGCUGACGUCUUGGAGAGCUUGGUCGGCUGUUUAUUAUCAAAGCGUUCAGUCCAAAAAUCGGCCAGAACUCCCAACAGACGGCCGAAUUGGUUGGCCUUGGACUGGUAGAUUUUUUUCAUCUCUCGCCGUCUUGGCCCUCUGACCGUCGUUUGUGAAUGUUGGUGUCCUCCUCUGCUCUUGGUGUUUACCAUGUAUCAACCAAAGUUCCGGGUUCGUUACGUCGAUGAAACUUUCGUCAUUGUCGAAUCUUCUGACGUGGAGCACCUUAAAGAAUUACUGAAAUCGGUUGACCCGUAUAUCUAAUUCACGAUGGAAGCUGAAACAAACAACCAACGUCCCUUCCUCGAUGUCUGUUUGCGUCGGUGUGCUACUGGGCAAUUGCUAAUUACCGUUUCAGGAAAACAACCAACACAAGACAAAUAUCACACUUCAACAGCAAGCACCCACUCUCUCACAAACGCAGCUGUGUCCGUACUCUAUUGCAAAUAGUUGAAACGCACUUCAGCACACCAGCCUACGGAAGAGUUGGACGACAAUACCUUCAUGACCUUUUUCGGACCAAUGAAUGCCCAAGCCACUUUACCAAGCAAAGCAGGCGUCCAGUGAACAGAAGACGACCACAAGAAGAACAACCCGAAGUGUGGAGGGCUAUUCCUUACACUAAAGGAGUCUUUGAGGCGGUUUCAUAACUGUUACAACCGACCAGGUUAAGCAUUGCCCAUGGACCCCAGGCAUCAAUUCUUCGCCGUUUGAUGCAACCCAAAGACCUACUUUCACCCACCGAAACUUUAGCAAUUGUUUAUCAAGCACGUUUUAGCGGUGGGAACUGCAGGUACGUUGGGGAAACCGGACAGAAAUUGCAGACCCGCCUACAUUAGCACAGACUGGCGACUCGGAGACUAGACACGAACUUACAGCUUGCGGCUUACAUCGGAGAAACCGGCCGCAGCUUUGAUUUCCCAGAAACAACCGUCUUAGGCGGGGGCACCUCAAUGAGAGGACGUCUCACAAUCGAGGCCUAGUACUCAGAUGCCAACUCCAUCAACAGGCAUCUAGACCUUCUCACGGUCCACAAAGUCCUGCGUAACUUCAUACGCCAUGGCCAAGACAAGACGGUUUCGCAGAGCUUAAGAAUACCUAGCAAACACAGCCCGUCGAGUAAUUCACCCGAAAGGGUGGCACAAGCGCAGCUAACCCCGAUUGAGAUGAUGACACACAACACGGAAGGCCACUGGCAUUCACAAACGACGGUCAGAAGGCCAAUGAAGCGAAAGAAGAAAAAAUCGAUCGGCUCAAGGCCAACUAAUUCGGUCGUAUAUUCAAAUUUGUGUUCGCUUCAUGCACUAAACGCUUUGAUAAUGGAAAGCCGGCAAACCUCUCCAAAGCGUUAGCAAUACAAUUCCCUUGUUCCGGUGAACACUUCAUUUUUCUCGGGUUAUCGAUUCGGAUCUUUUACGUUUGCCAACCUGAGGUCGUAGCUUUGGCAAACUAAAAUACCUCGUUUUAACCAUUCAGACCGGGUUUGGAAGUAUAAACGCAGCAAAAUUUAGUUACAGAUGCUGACCCAUCUUCUAUUUCUGCUUCGAUCCACCGCCGUUGCACUUGAGGUUUACAUAGCCGUCUCUUCCGCCUGGUUUUGGGCCCCACCUAUCCUAGUGACACGUCUUUCCAUUCAAAGUAGCUGGAUGGCCGUUCCAGUCGGCGCUUUGAGAAUUAACGACCAAAUUUUAUCAGAGGAUACCUGCCAAUGCACCUAUUGGUGGUUUUCUAGUGGUGGUGAUCUGUGUGAGGGCAAUUUCCGGGCAAUAAUUAUUGUCUAACUCUUGUUUUUCUGCUGACUUGCGUUUGUCGUGUGGCUCGUCCUCGCCCGUUUAUUUUCGGUUGUUUGUGUACGACCGCCAAGGUCAGUACUUUAAGUGAGCUGUCACCAAAGGAAAACCGUUAGCUGAAAACUGGCUGGCUGCAGAGUCAUUAACUUUUGCCGUCUGCAAACUACAUUUCUGGUUACUGAUCAGUGAUAGUAAUUCACGAAACCAACCGACUCGGAAACAGCAGAAAUUGUGGAAGGCAUCUGGAACGACAUGUAGCAUAUCUGUCUAUAAGACAUGCCCAGACAAGACCAGUUUUCAGAUUUUUUCAUCUGCGUCUGACGCGGUUGUCGAUACUACAGUCGUCAAAUAGUGAAGGCAGGGCAAGUUAUUUUCACGAUCAUUGCACUAUAAAUCAAAGCAACUGCAGGCUAAGCACUUGAAAACAAACUUGGUAUGUGCCGCUAAGAAGAUUGGAAGGAGUUGGCUUUGGGUUUUGGACACAGCGAUGCUAUUGUGUUUAAGCAAAAGGCCAUAGCCAUUCGAUUUGCAGGGAUUGAAGCUUCUUGUCCUAGACACUAAGGCAUAAUGUGAAAACCGGUCGGGGUCUCUCCAAACCUUGAAGUGCACAGAUGUCCGCAUGAGUGCACAGAGCGGCGACUAAUAGUCUCGUCGUUUGGAAACAAAGUAUCUCUUAGGCGGGAACUUCCCCCAUCUCGUUAUAGUGAUCAAGGGCCAGGCGAUGGCAAGGAAUUUCAGGAUACUAUGGAAUACAGGUAAAUACACAUCUAACAUGGACGAGUCAAAAUUUUCACCAGUCAUGGGACACAUGAGAAAAGCUUAGUCUUCCGGACUACUGAUUGUAGGAGACAAUCAGUAAUAGUGUCCGGGGGGUAGCGUAUAGCAAUUUAGUGUUCUUAAGGCGUUUUAGUAUCUUUGGCGCCGUGUUAAAAAUAAAAUUUUCCGCUCUUAACUGUGCUUCAAUAGUAACGACGAUUUUCAGCCCCUUACACCGAAAGUUCCGGUGUCAAGAAUUCAAAUGAAUUUCUCGCAGAGAAACGACCAAGUUGGAAGAUCUUAUUCCUAGAAGUCGGGCAGUCAUAACUUUCUUCCUUGAAUGUUGCUUUAUUUCUAUAGUAGCACUUGCUUUCCCACCUUUUGAUGUCGACCUGCUGGUAUUUCCACGGGGCCUAAGUUCGUGGCCUCAGUGAAAGUAACUCUCACGGACGUCUCCUCUUUUUCCAUUUAUUAUGUUAAGAUUGAAACACUGCCCAAGUGUACGACACGCCACAUUUUCGUCCAACUAUUGUGAAUAUUUUGACGGUAGGCCACAUCGUAGAAAAGUCAGGGUUACCAUUCCAAUACGUUCUUCUCGACUAGGCUAGCAAUUAUUUGUCGUGUCUGUUGGGAAUUUGACAUUAUGUGUUUCAAAAACUGAUGACCCUGAAAACUGCAUAGUUAAACCGGGGUUUAUGGCACCCACUACAAGCAUCUCCUAUUUUAAAAAUGAAACUUUUCAUUUAGAAUUGUUGUUUUAACCCAUGUUUUGGUCAAUACUGUUAAAUUAACUCCUGGCAAGUUAAGCCUUUGAGAUUGUGAAUUUUUCCUCACCCUGAAUCGAAGGCCUUCUUACCAUCUAGACAGACUAACUUUUUGUUGAAAGCGUAAACUAUUUAAGUUUAUGCUGUGGACAUGUCAGCAAUCUGCAUAUAGUUCGUUCGAUGUUGAAAUUCUUUUGAUUACAAAGAAAUUCGCAGAUGUUUUUGGGGAAUUUCUCACAGCAAACCCUAUGCUAUUGUUUCUAAAGCUGCCUGGUCCGCGCAAUUAAAAUCAUGUAAGAGUUCCCCAACCGACUUUCUUACGAUUGCGUUUUUUUAACAAGCGUCUAUCCCCCUAAUAGUCAAAUAUGUUUUGUGAACAUGUGACAUGUAUUAUUUGGAAGUCCUCACCUCCAAACAGGAAGCCCUGAAUUUUAUAAUUUCAAAGUGUUCUGCCUAAGUUCAGUCGUUUGCGACUACCGCCUUCUUUAUUGAAAUAACCACGACACUUUCUUGUCGCAUGUGUUUUACACUGUAAAAGUGCUCGGAAGUUGACAAUAUAGUCGAUUCCCAUCCGCCUAUAUUUUCCAUCGCGUUUCACAGGUCAAAAAGGAAACUCGACGAAUAUGGCGUUUCGAGUCAAUCCUUCUCCAAAACUACGAAAAGUAUGUACUACUCUUGCAAACUAUCCUGAAAGGUAGGUGUUUUUGGUAAACCUUGCAAUCUCUCCUUUCAGACAGGGGUAGACGUAAACUGCCAAAAAGUCUGCGAACCUACGCUGACACAAAGUGGAAAACGGUAGCUCCUACAUUUGCCUUUUCACCUCCUCAGGUCGAGCGCUUAUCGGCUCUGAAAUGUGCAUGUCAGCUUUUUGAGAACAAUCCCACAUUCAAUUUCUCGGAUGACUUACUACGAGCCAUUCUCCCCCACCUACUGGAUCGACGCUCUAGUGUACGCUCGAAGGUUCUUCUGACCCACACUGUCUUUAGGUUAGAGAAAUUGUCAGCCACAGUCUAAAGUCCAUUUUCAACACUGACACGUCUGGAGAGCCCACGCUAUUGGUAAACUGAUGACCAGCAUUAAUGGAAAUGUUCUUUGUAAGGUUUGCCGGGCUGUUCACCGGUUAGCGCGUGGACUGAACUACCGCAUUAUUCCUGACGUUGCUUACGUACUCGCGGGCAUACCCAUCAAGGAGGUUGCGGACAAAAAUAGUUCAGAUAAGAGAAGUCGCAUUGAAAGGAAAUUGAAGUCUCGACGGGAACGGAAGGUUUACCUCUUUCCACCUCCUAAAACAUGCCUUUCACUGCCGUUCUUUAUUUCUAGAAAGACAAGGUUUUGGCUAAGUUUGAGAAAGAUCAGGCGGAGACUGUGGCCUCUAAGUCGCACGAAGAGCGUUUGCGCAUUGUAGGUCCACAUCCUUUUGCUGUUAUAAUCCUACGUUUUCUUUCGACAGAACUCGCAAAUACUGAAGGAGAUCUUGUUUGUUUAUUUCAAAAUAUUAAAAACUACAAGAGAUUCGGAUCUCCUAUCUGCUGUUCUGGCGGGUCUGUCGACGUAGGUUUUGCUGUCCCCCUCUUCAUGUUACUCACAUCCUCAUAGGUAUGCGCAUGUCAUAAAUGUGGAAUAUGUUGAAAAUCUGCUACAUUUGUGUAAUGAGGUUCUAUCAAACGAGGUAUGUACUCUGCUUUAUGCCUUUCUGCUUCGUGACACACAGAUUUUCGAAAUUCCUUAUUGGUGUUAAAUUACCGGUUCUCCAUACGCCAAAAGGGGCCUCUAGUGUAGUGUCCGAAAGACGCCUUCUUGAGGCAAGUCUGUGCUACCUCACGAUUAGAUUUUCGAAGACAUUCCUUUUCGCUGCUCAAGCAACUCGACGUUGUAAUGGAGCCUUUGGAAUUAUAUUCGCCACACACGUUAGCUUCCAGCGUUCGUCCUUCGCAGUCGGCAACAUGCCGUUGACAGCAGGAAUCAUGCUCCUUGUUCGAAGGGCUUAGUACAGGUUUGGCUGUGCGGGACCUUAAGUUUGCCUCUGUCGGCUACCUCCCUUACCGUGGAUAACUGCUUUCUUAUCGGGCGUCAUUCCUUAAGCAUAAUCACACUGUCCCUGAAUGUUUGUACCUUAUCGGUCUAUCGUAGACAAGUUAGCAAUUUAAAGAGCUUGAAAAAGGUACUUGUAGGUAUUUGGCUCUUAUGGCCGAUUGUCCGGCCGUCACCGCACAACCUUUUUUCCACAUUCCAAAUGUAAACAACAACUAGGAGUAUUAGUCAGGUACUUCUGAUUCAUUAUAUCAAUAGAGCGACCGUCGCCAGCGUUAGGGUCCAUCACCGCCCUACGGAGUGGAAACGGUUGCGAAUUUUCUGUGGUGAAGUAGACUUGCAUUGUCUCUCCCCAAACGCACCGCGUUCCUAUGAUAAGAUAGCCACGACGAUCGCACGGCUGCGUGCGCGCGGCGGGUGGCAAGGGUACACACCUCGUCUGUGCCUGCCACAACCGACCGGUUCCUGACUGUACGCUCGCCAGGCUUUAUUAUGGGGGCCUCGAACUAUAAGUUAGAGUGCUCUAAAGACCAUACUAAAGAGCCAUCGUUGCCUGAAGUUCUGAAGAGGACCGGAUGAGGCCGUCAUUUAUGAAUCCUUCGGGUCUGACUGUCAGCGCGUCCUGAUAGCUCCAAAGCGCAUUCGUCCGCUUAUAGUGAGGAGUUAAGUGCUCUAUCCUGGAUGGACCGGUGUCACCCUUUCCUGUCUUUCUCGAACACCAGCGGCCAACUUGACGUAAAGACCUCCGUCCACAAGCACCAUACACACGUUGCUCUCACUCUGCAUGAUUAGGUUUUAAAGAAACGCGCUCCUGCACGAGGUUUUACCCGUCACAAUGCUGUUGGUAGGUUACCUCUCAUAGUUUUUGUGAUCUCACAUUUAUCUCACACAUCAGCCUGUCCAGUUAUUUUCGAAUCCACCGCACUGCGACAGGUACACCGGUGCUAGGAAUCCCGAUAUACGCUCACCGCAACCGCCCCCACUGUCUACAUAAUUCACACGCACAUUCAUUCAUCAUAUGAGCCUAUUCGGUCACAUCCACCCCUAUAAGCAACCGAUUCUGCAACUCAAAACCUUUUCUGCCCACACUGCCACCGCCUCAGCCGAAUUGGUCACUAGUGAGUCUAUCGCCAGGACUAGUGAACCAGUGCCUGGAGCCCCCAACAUACACCGGUCGUUACCGCCUAAACUGCCCUCAUUGCCCCCGCACACACAGCCAUCGCGUUGGCCUACUCGAUCACAUGCGUUUACACGAAAACCUGCAGUACAACGCUGCAGACUAAAUUACAACAUCACACUUCCCCAUCAGCAUACGUACCACACAUGAACACGUCCGGGCGUCAGUCUGUGGCAAUACAGUCUUGUAUGCUUUACCUUGCUUUCCCCUAUGUUGUUGUAUUCUAAGAUGGCUACUUCAAGUCUUACGGCAGUGUGCUGAACCAGCUCAUUCUGUGCUGUAUCUUCCCACGCAUGCUUUUUGAUUUGCGAGUGCGUGAAAGAGGUCUUCAGAGUGACCGUGUAUCGUCAAUUUUGUCCAAGUGCCCACAAUUACCCGUAGCAAAAUUACUAUAGAAUAAUUUUUUGGCAGACGCUUGACAUGACCACUCCAUCGCACUACACCUGCUUUCGAGUAGCAUCGAUGUCAAGCAUAGCUGCUCAUUCUGUGACUGCGGAAUUGGGAAUCCUUCCUCGAGCUUCAUCUUCGGUACUCUCCGGAGGCAACAGAGGUUAAAAUGGUUUAGCCUUCUUGCCUGUCGUUUGGACGCUGUUCGCGGUCCUGCCUCCUACAGGGGCGUAGUCAGGACGACAGCCAUGCAUGUCCAAAGUGUCCUGCUAAGGAGGAUGCCAUGGCGACUCCAUACUGGAUGUUGCAGCCUGGAUGACAUUGAAGAUGCGAAUUGAAAUUUCCUCACUGACCUUGAUGUUUCUUGAGAUGGUACUCCUGGACACUCACUUGUCCAAAACCGCACCUGUUACCACAAUUGCCCGUGACUUGUGCCAUCGUGCCUACGUGUAGUUGAGUGAAUCGUGCCGAACAUCUGCAUCUCAACAUGAUAUUCCUUAGCUGACCCCCCUUCACGGCUUUAAAUGUCUUUAUCAGAUCACCAGAAAUAUUGUAGAGGCUGGCUGUCAUUUCUUUUUACUUGAUUUGUGCAGUUUCAAAGAGCAUGUCCAUGAUGCCCGAGUACUUUCAGAAAGUGCACUGGGUUUUAGAAAGGAGUCCCUGCUCGUGUGUGCGCUCAGCGGAUAGCGUAACAUGCGAUCUGGUACCUUGCCCGAAGUAGUAAGAAGACAGAUUUAUUGGUUUUACUUUCGUCCGCUCAUGUGGACAGUAAGUGCGUCCAUGAAAACUUACGGUAGUUCUCCUUGUUGCCGCAGCUCCUGGAACAGUGUGGUAAGUUUGUACAUGAGUUGAAGGUCGCCGCACUUGUAGGUUUCGCCGGGAUUUAACAGCCCGGCAGCCGAAGCUAAUAUCGUCCCUUUAGUUCUAUCGGCGGCUUCCUAGCAGGUUGCAGAUUUGCGACCCAGCGCUCCAGGAUCUGCACCUUCUCUGCCUUUAGUCUUGUGUCGUUUGAGAUGAGCUGUGGCGUCACCGCCCCAGAUUCAGUACUACACUGGGCGUCGGCGUUAGAAGAAUGCGGCCGUUGUUCGCAUAGGUCGUAUGUUGUCUCUUUUUCUCCUUCACGGGCACCGAGGCCGCAAAGGACAGUCAUUGUUAGUCCUCGACACAACUGCGGGAGGGCUUACAGCUCUCCAUAGAACUUACCUAUGUUGCCAGGUCAUGUACUUUGGGGGUGGGCGGUGUAGACGCCGGUGCCCUUGGAGAAUUUCUUCCGCAGAGUAGAGUUUCACGGUCAUGUGACGUUCUUUGGUCCCCUGUGAGGGACAGAAGAGUUGUCUUGCGCAGCCCCUUCUGACAGUGAAGGCGACUCUGUCGUCUCGCCACUCUGCUUUGGAACGUCCAUUUUAAAUGUACCCUGCACGACUUUGCUUAGUUCUCCUUGUUCGCAAAAGCGCGUCUCACCAAGAGGCGUGAUGUUCAUUUAAAUUGUGUCGAGUCAAUUCGGUGCACUGAGACUCACUCUAGUGGACCAACGGUACCUUUGACGGGUGCUCAGAGCAGAUGGUUAUCUCUGAACCAUCGCCAUUUAGCACAUGCAAAGACAAGGUCGGGAGCCGGAGCGUAUCGAGUCCAAAAUUUCGAAGUGCUGGCAAGAACACCUCUGAAGCCGUCAACCAUUCUCUCACAUCGCUCGUACUUGCACAGACAGGAGACAAUCGGGCGCCAAGUGAUGAGGCCGAAAGGUCUGAUGUCGGGGCAGGAGACGCCGGAGAGGGGGGGGGGUCGUAUGCCAAACCUGGCGCUUUUGAGGAAAAAGCAACAACAUCGGAGAUAUCUGAUCACUACAGACGCAAAACACACCUUCACAGCAGGAUGGAAUGAUGCUCGCUCUCAAGUCGCAACUCACGCACUGGGAAUGGCCACAUAUCAAAGUUUGAUGAGUCCAGAAACCCUGCAGGGUGUGACAGUUGCGUGCCAUGAGUCGUGGUUUUCCGGCCCGCAGUACACCAACAGGCGGAUUGGUGUCAUUUCUUUACUAGGGUAGGGCAAUCGGUCACGUGGGGAGUGCAUGGAUGGACACUGACAUCGGUGGCAGUUAUGUCGAGUCGCAUUAUCAUGUGAGUCAUCAAUACCAGUGACGGAAUAGCUGCAGUUACCGGCCCAUAUACGAACGACCAAGCCAUUGUCGCCACUAAAGACGACCAUCUGCGAAGAAUGCAGCCGAUUUAUUUUGGUGGGUGCAAUAGCGUGUAGUAGCUUCAUUCUGCAGAUGCCUUACCGCCUCUGCGUCCGCUACCUGCGUCAGUUGCCAUCUCUUUAUUAUGGUUUCGGGAGCGUAGGCGGAUCGUACAGCUGAGGCGUCGGGUGGAUAAAAUCAUUGUUCCUUCCGAUUCUUUUCUCGUACUCGUUUUCAUUUUUGUAGGCAGACAGAUCGAUAUCAUUUUGGCAGUGCCAAUAUUUCAACGUAGAAUGCCAGUGGUUAGAUGUGGUUGCGUAACGAACGAGGAACUAUCGUGCUAGCGGGACUUCCCGCAUGUUGCGUGUCCCUUAUGAAGUCUGGUCGAAUAGAACUGGUCUCAACUACUGAGCGGUCUUUAGCGAUUCAAUACAUUUCUGUCAAUUGUCUCUAUUCUUGGACUUGCUAAUUCGUUAGAUUUUCGUUUUAAACUGUUUGACAUACAAUGUUGGCCGCACGACAGCCUAUUUCCUCACUUCUGUAGUCUCUUCGUACUUCGGUGAGACUGCCGUUGCAGUCAGGUAGUGCUAAUGGAGUAGUCGGUAGUAGGGUCAGAGGUUUAUUUAACAGAAAGGCAUCGUCCAAGCCUGUAUCCCACAUACUGGCCUUAUGUGAACUGAAUGCAGAACUGUAUUCGCCAAUUGCUUAUCUCACUCCUAUUUGCCAUUCUGUUUCUGCUGUUUGGUAGGCACACUUUUUUCCUACUUUUAGAGGUCCAUCCUUCAGGAUAGCUUACACUGUGUGCACACAGCACUAUCAAUCCUCAACUCCUCCUCGGCUGCCUCUGUACUGAACGUCGAUCCGACACGUUUCUACAAUCAUCUAUACGUUCUUCUAGGUCGUAUGUCAGGCACAUGCGAUUUUCGGGGAGGCCCAACUGCCACCAUCGGCCCUGACCGCGGUCGCGCACCCGGACUCUCACAUUUCUCCUGGUCGCGGACCCCAGCCGCCUUGGCUGCGUCCACGCUAGACCAACGUCAGCAGCUUCUGGCCUCGCAGGUGGAGGCGGCAUCGGAAGAGGACAAGACGCCAGCCCGACGGGGCAUACCACUGGGCGAAACUGAGCGUUUUACCGAUGUCCUUCUUUCCUGCCUCGAUAUGCUGCUCAUUAGCCGCAAGCGCGAGAUUUCCACCAACCGUGUCUUGGCCUUUGUAAAGCGCCUGGCCUCAGUCUGUAUAGCAGUUGUAAGUUUCAGUAAUCCCUUCCUUCAAUCCACUCCGACACGGCGUCAUGCCACGUGGCUGAAGCCUGUUACAGAUGCCUGUAGGCCAUCUACCACGUAGAGUUGUCGGAAAUCAUGACUGGGAGUGCUUGGGAUCGUACAGUCAGUGACCGAUUCCAUGAAAUGUCAGUCGAAGUCCUCAAAAGCGUUUUCGACCAGGAAAGGUUACUUAGGUGAUAUUGUAACAAUGAUUAUCACACGGCAUAAUUCCAUGAUAUUCCAAACUCGUCAGAAUAUUGCCUUUUGAAUGUAUUUCUUUUCGGUAAGAAAAUGACCGCUUAAGUAGUAUGAAUUUUCCAGUGAUUUUCAGUGCCCUUACAAGGUUAAAUAUAUUUUAUAGAAGACGUGCACAAAAAUAUUCUUUUUUGCAGUCAUUUGAUGGAAAAUUACGCUUUCAAAUUUUAUGCCCGGUUUUAAAAAAGUGUUUCAAUCCCCGCAUAACUCCGAGUCCAAUCUGCCUCUGCAUUUACAGUCUUAUGUGUGUAAUUUCCACAUAAGGAUGAUCAUACAUCCCUCUACGCCUUUGAGAUGCCAUUUAAAGCUCAUACAAUUUUGCAACUGAUGUGGACUCUGGUGUAUACUUCGUCAGCACACUUAUAAACAGGCAGGCACGAUGUUGUAUGGACAUUGCGCCCUCUUAAAAAAAAUCUCAGUCAGGAACUUUUUUUAAAACCGAAAGUUACUCCUUUAUCAAGCAUGAAAUUUGAAGACUUAAUUUGCUACCAAAUGAGUACAAGAAUACCUUUGUGCAUGUUUUCUAUAAAAUAUAUCUGAAUAAAAUAGGGCACUACAAAAUAAAUGUUUAACUUCAUACUACGUUAGUGGUCAUUUUUUACCGAGUGCAGUUUUUACAAGCCAACACCCUGGCGAGUCUGAAACAUCAUGAGAUGAUUAUAUCGCAUGAUAAUUAGUAAUACAACUCAACCCAAAUAAUCCUUCCCGAUCGGAAACGCAUUUCAGAAUUUCGACUCAUUCCAUGAGAUUGGUCACUGACAGUAAGAUGUUUGACACAUGGAACAAGGCUAAGUGUGCGAACACGACGCGCUUUUUGCGCGGUCCUUCUCAGGACCGAGGGUCAGGCUAGUAAUCAGUUCUUGAUGUGGCCGUCACGGCACUCACUUAUGUCAGAUCCGAGGCUUCUAAUUCACGCACGCGUUGGUUCCUGGACCCCUGGCAUUCAGCGCUGAACCAAACUCAGUCAGUGUGUAGGACAUCAUGGAGGUCGCACAAGUCAGAGCUGUAUCGGACAAAAGCACAUGUGUGCUGUUAAUGAGUUUUCGCAGGCCUUGGACAUCUCAGGUUGCGGUCAGUUAAAUGAGAACCCGGGUGCGGCGUAGACCAGUGGACUAAAGCGCCAUAGUGCAUUCCAUUUUGCUCGCCAAAAUGAACAAAUGAUUGCCAGGAAGUAGUUAGCUAGGUGUGCCGGCUAAAUAAAGUUGCCAAGCAUAUUUCCCUUAAACAUCACCUGAUUAGUUAGCCUGGAACAGUACCUAGGCAAAACACUGAAACGCGCCUUGGACUGAGGUAUCAAUGAAAUCUACUAGCCUAGUCCAGCAGUCGUUUAUCACUUCAAGCUAGGAUAUUCUGCCAAAAGACUUGUACUGAUGUCUGCUGGCUGUCAGCACCUAACGAUCUUAUCUGACUAGCCGAGCGUUUUUCCUUAUCCCACAAACAGUUUACCCAGGAAGGCCAGCGAGAUCAGUUGGUAGGGCGGUUACCUUCUGAGUUCAGUAGCCGAAUACUAAAGCAGCGAUAGCGACGUCGGCGCGGCUCCUAAAUGCGCAAAGGCCCCGACACUUUCUCACAGAGCUUCUUGCGGCUAUAUAAAUCCCUCUACUCCUAGCCAGACCUCUUUGUUGAUUGUGAGAAGUCGACUUUCCGUUGGGGCAACUGACACCCCCGGUGUUGCUUCCGAACUAUGAGUUCUCGUUGGAGCAGCAGCCUCACAACCCGUGGCAUUGCGCACAGCACGUCUAUUUAGGCUUCUGGGAAGCCCAUGACGGCUGAAUGAAUGACAGUCUAAGGAUUUAAUGCCUAACUUUUGCUGCCUCAACUACUUUACCCAGCCACUUUAAGCGCCGAUCCUGUACGUUAUCCUUUAACGUUGCCUUUUUCCAAAGAUAAAGGCUAGUCACUCUUCCCUAGACGUCCGCCAACGGAAUUGAUUUAAUACACAGUAAUAUUCCGAGGUCCUGCUACAUUACGUUGACUUGUUGAAUGUGCUUUAGAAAAUCACUUUCUCAUAGAAGGGCUUUGGGAGCCGGCAUGAUAUCUGCAACUCACCGAAAAAGAGGCCGCCAUUAUUCAAAUCCUAGAAGUGAUUGCCCGUCCCUUCGAACUGGAGAAAUUAUAAUUAAGCACGUCUACCUAAAGCCGCUAAGUGUGAUUAUGUGAAAGGUUGUAUGGAAACGAAACCCGUUGCAAGGUACUUCCAGUCUUCCGAAAAGUCGUGAACUUUUAAACACUAGUGUUUCUCCUGAACUGUGUUGAGUUUUUUCGCUCUGAUUGACCUUUUAGAGUGACACGGCCUGUGUAGGCUCAAUGCUGGUUAGCCUGCUGAAGUUCAUUACCCUUUUCCCAAAAUGUGAAGUCCUCUUCGACUCAGAAACGGAGAUCGGUGGGGUCUACGAUCCUGAGGCUGGUGAUCCAGAGCUAUGUCGUCCAACAAGCGCAGUCCUCUGGGAACUUCAAAUCCUUCGAAGCCACGAAUCAGCCACAGUACGUGUCAACAAAAACCACAUUUCUUAUUUUGGCACAGAGUAUUCCUCACGCCUUCUGAUAAUUGGGGAUUGUCACCUGUCCAUGCUUUCCGACCACAUGUAUUUGAAAAGCCCGAACUGGUUGGACCGCCCUAGUCACCACUCUGUCGAAAUCUAAUCCCGUUUCCUCUUGGUAUCCUCUGUCCCUGAGAGCUCCGGAAGAAGUGACAACCUGGACACCCCUAUGCUCAUUUUCCGGCUCCCAGAUUACAAUUACGACUAAGAGGAGAAUGUGCAAUUUCGAUGUCAUCUGGUUGUCACUUUACCGGGAGGCGCCGUUGAUUUGCCUUCUUUGCAAUAACAGGUAGCAGAGCAGCUGCUGCUGCCGGUAUCCACCUCAGCCGACAUGACAGGUUGACGCAUCGUCUAGAUGUCCCGGUCCGGAACAAUUAAAACGACAUCGCCUGGAAAGCAUGACGGUUGCCCAUAGGUCUCCCACAUACCCUGAAACUACUUUCAGUCUCUAGAUAAGUGGAAUUUGCGAAUCCACUAGCUAGCGGUGAAGGCUUUCUGAAUAGAAGCAAAGGUGCGUCUUCCAGUACAGAGGACAUGGGACCUUUUGGAACGUAUUUUUGUUUUCCUGGCGUCGCACUCUAAUAUGCGACGCAUGCCGUCACCGACGUGAACAGUGGAACGGCUAUCAACGUAAGAUCGGCAGUUGUCUACACCCCUGCGCCCCCUAAGACCCGUCACGCCGAUGGUGGGAGGUCGGCGUAAUAUAACCCACCUCACGGUAGUGCAGCCGUGAAGAUUGCUAAACACUGCGGAGCCCAGUGUCACCACACCCUUCCCACUGACGAUGAGAGCUUGCUCUGGUGUUUCAAAACACCAGAGAGAUAAACAUGCCAUGUUUGAGAUCACCGCCCCUUCUUUGCAAAGGUACUCUGAAGGGGGGGAGAUGAUAAUAAAUCUCAUCGAGUGAUAUUAUACUUUUGAGGCGGUCAGUGCUACCUUGUGCACAGAGCACGGGACACUCGUUGGACAAUAAUAUAAUUAACCUGAUUUGGCUGGUGAAGGAAAAACUUCCGGAUCGCUUUAGUAUUGAACAAUGAGUCUAAUCCGAGGGUACGACAAUUCGACCAUCACCGGUGACGAGGUGCAGUAUUACCCCACCGAAUAGGCGCAACCGCGGAUUUGCUCGUUUGUUCCAUCUACUUCGCCCCCUCUUCCCACACCCACUGCGUCCCGACAAUCGGAGGGCCGCAUGGACGCAGUAAUUAACAAAGACAUUGUUUGCGCUGGCCACUAUCGACCCGGUUCUUAACUCCACGCGUGUCAGUGCUCUAAAGGCCACAGCAAGCAGCCGUUGCAACUUGACAUUCAGUCCUUAGUAGGAACGGAGUGCCUCGUCAUCUAGGAAUCCUCCAAGACACGACUGUUAGCGUGUCAUGAUAGUUUGAAAGCGCAUUCGGUUGUUUGUAGUAGAUCCUGGAUGGACCGUCCUCACUCCUUCCCAACUAUCAGUGGAUUUUCCGAGUCAAGCAGACUGAGAGAUUGGACACAACCGUUGACGCGAUCUAAAGUUACCGUCUUACUUAUACCAGCUCAGGUGUCACAGAAGUGGGCUGCGCCAUAAAGGCUAUACCGAGAAAAAGCCCUUGUAGUCCGGCCCUCCCCCCAAAGGAGAAGCGAAUUGUCCUGCCGGCUGUUACCUUUCUAAGCAACAACUUUUAGCGCGUCGUGAUAGCGUCGAACGCGCCAGACUUGUGGCGCACGAUUUACAGUGGGAACGUCUACCUCUAUGGCCCCGCUCUCCCACGUGCAUGCGGCCGAUCUGAGCUCUUCGAUUGUCUAAUUGUGCGAUUGGGUGCUGCGGCUGACGUGGCGUCGGCCUCGUCUGACGCGUGCCACACUGAUGAUCAGCACAGACCCAGUGCAGACCGCCAAUCGCAUCCAAUAGGACAAUUUGGCUGCCGUUUUGGGGAAAUGCACCAGCCCGCGAUAGCCUUUAUUGGUAGUAUAAAGACUCUUGUGAUACCGUUGUAGAGCUUGACGAAGUCAACUGUUUGGCCAAGAGUAAGAACCGUUCAGGACGUCUUAUAACUCUGCACAGCCUUCUCUAUCACCACGCCUAGCCCAAUCAGUACCUCAUUGCCCAGCGCGUCCAUCACCAGCAUCUCUACCACAAUCACUGUGAAAACCACCUGCGUCGUCCCCGACCUAUCCUGUCCACACUGUCCCCGCACAUUCACCUCACAUCGUCCCGUCGGUCACCUGCGAGUCCAUUGCAUAGAGACUGGCGAACCAAAGACAGUUCGGCCGUCGAUUCCGACUAUGUCCACCGUGUGCUCCACAGCAAGGUGAGAGCAGGGACGGCGACUUGAGCUUGAGUUAGUUUAUACUGAUGGUAGACUUGCGCAGCGUCUACUGCACUCUCCUCCUCCCCCACCUGAGCCCGGUGUCAAGACAGAGUCAAGAAGAUCGGAGGCGGGGGAGGGCACGGCCGAGCCCGCACCUUGGUUCUCCACUCCACACCCCUGGCCCACUCAACAAAUGACCAGGAUUGUAAACAACAGUGACGGGGGCCGCAGGGUCCUAGUGUGCGCGACGUCGACCGGCAACUGGGCCCGUCACUGCACCGCGCCCCAACAUGUUGGCAUUUGUUACGGUGCGCAUUCCGAUAACCCCUGCCGGAGUCCGAUAUGGCCCCCGUGUUGGUCCAGUGCAUCUCCCGAGUGGCCCGUUUACGGGGCACACUGGCGAACCAGUGCCUAGAGCACUAACAUGCAAGAGACGCACUUGACUCAGCUGCUCGCAUUGCCCCCGCACGGGCCUACUCGGCCACAUACGCACUCAUGGAAGCCUGCGGUAGAUCACCGCCGGUCAUACCAGACUACCACAUUUCUCCUCACGAGCAUAUGCAGCGCACACCGACAUCACCCAUCAGCACACAAGUGUGGCUGUACGCCUAGGCACGGGUCCGGCCGCACUAGCUACCUGCACCCAUUCUCGCCUCCGGUCUUCUUGACUAUGUCUUGACAAGACUGGGGGAGGAGAGGAUGCGGUAGAUGCCGCGCAAGUCUACUCACUAUAAGCUAAUCCACGCGCAAGUCACCGUGUCUGCUCUCACUCUGCUGUUGAGUGCACGGUGGACAUUGUUGGACGCGACGGCCGAACUGUCAUCGCAUCAAUUCUGCUAGUUAGUUUUAUUCAGCCUUCCUCUCAUCCCAUUUCCAAUUUUUCUUUUCAAUCAACUUAACUGUUGACGACGAGGGACGUGGGUUCAGAUGACGCUCAGUACAUUACUACCUAAGUCCAUUUGCCCAUUCACAUUUUGUAGUGCGGUAAGCGACUCUAAGGUUGUUGACUAGGCGUGAGACCUGACCGUCUCCUCUGACGUAGCUCUCUCUAAGUUCAUAGUUCCCAGUGUGCACGGUCACCGUUCUUGCAACAGGACUUAUUUCGACAUUUUACAAAGCAGUGUUUCCUGUUUAAUGUCUCAGGUACGAAAGAUUGUUGCUGCAAUCCUCCGCUGGAUACGGAAGGCUAGCAAGGGUGGCAUAUCUCGACUUAGCACUGAGGUCAUUGCCAGUCCAGACAUCACCUUGGAAUCGUUGACCCUACUCCACCCCGCAGAACGUCGAGUUGUCCUCGCCCGAUCCGAAGCAACUGCUCUUUCAGUCAAGGCCCCGGCAGUCACUGCGGCAACAAAACGCCACAGGCCUCCCUGGACACCGUCCCCGUGGCUGCGACAAGUAAUGGCGCAGCAAAAUGCCGAGUUUAAUUUCACCAAAGAUGCCCCUCAGCCCAUGGGAGACGAAGACGACAACGAAGCAAAAAUGGACGAUCUUUUAACUGCCAAACGAAUAAAAAUUGAAUGA